AUGGUCCUGAUAUCAGAGUCUAAUAAGGCAGUAUGUUUAGUGGCCACUUCGGAUUGCGGCUUUAUCACAACAGACAUCUCCUUGGAACAUGGUGCUGAGCCCUUGGUGUCGCAGGACGAUUCGCUGUCUCAACCGAUGCCUCUUAUAUUCGGUUCCUCGAGUUACGGAAUCCAUUCAACCUGGAAUCCAGACGUUUUGCGCCAGUCGGCAACUAUGCCGGCGUUGCACGUGCCGGAUAUGAAUGAGGAGGAAUGUGAUUGGGAGGAAAAAUUGGAAAGGGUUUCUGAAGGAAUGAGGCUAAUCCGAGGAGUUCAAGAAGACAACAUCAGCUUGGCUUCUCGGAAGCUCUCUGUUCUAACUUCACCUCCGGGCUCCUUUGCUUCGACAUCUCACGCUGAUAGCCUCAGGCUGCUUGGCGCUCACUCAGCCAGUUCCUCAUCGGGCCAGACCUGGGGCUUGAAGAUCAUUGAGCGAGCUCCUUCACGCAACUUUCUACCUGAUGGCUGUCUGGAAGCUGAGGCUGAUGCUGGAUUUACGACGAACAAAUUGGAAGUGAAGCAAUGGGAGCCUCAUGUCCAAAGAUGGUCAGACUUCCGGAAACCGGGUCGGCUUUCUCAGCACCAGUUUCAUCAGCAGAAUCGGCUACACCUGAAGCAUCGGAAGCAACAAGUACAUAUACCAUGA